GGAUAAGAGAGGAAAACUAUAUUCUUCGUUCGCUUUUUCGGGGGGUACGGAGUACAAUUUUUGUCGUUUCGUUCUCCCUUCAUUCAUUUUCUGCUCACUCACUCUAAAGAAAUUUCUAACAGGGAAUUUUACAGGCCAUCGUUGAAAUUCUAGAUAGCUCAGCAAUGUUGAAAGUUAUUCAUCAUCUCUAGGUUCGCUUCUUUUACAAUUCUUUUUCUUUUCAGUUAAUUUUGCAGAAAUGAUCUUCUUGGUUUUCUUUCUCUCAAUCUUGCUUCCUUUUAAACCCUAGUUCUUUAGCUUCUGGGAAAGAUUUUACCAAUUAGUAAAUCGAAUGGAUGUUUCUGAGGAUUUGGAGUGUGAGAGAAGAAGAAAAGAUGAAGAAGUUGAUUUCUGGAAGAGGAAAUUCUUAGAUUUACAGAAUCGAUUUGUGAAUGAGAAAAAAAAUGAAUCUAAAAUCACUGACUUGGAAGAAAAAUUGGAAGACUAUAGAGUUAAGUAUGAUGCAUUAUAUGUGGAACUUCAGGAGAAGAAUGCAGAUUUUGUUGUUGUUGAGGGUAAAUUGAAGGAAUCGACUGAGGCAAGGGUUUCUACUGAGAACGAACUCAAAAAGAAGAAGAAUUUGUGUCAUAAAAUGAAUCAGAAGAUUGAGGAAUUCAUGAGAAGGUUUAAGGAUUUGGAGGUUCAAGCAAAUUUGAGGUUCAAAUAUGAACUUGAUUUGGAGAAAAAAUUGGAAGUUUCGCAAACUAAGUGUGAUGAGUUGCGUAUGAGGUUUAGGGAGAAGAAAACAAGAGGGAUUUCUCUUGAAAGUGAACUGAAAGAGUACAAGCAAAUGUGUGUUCAGCUGAAAGAGCAAAUUCAGAGUCUUGAAGAAGAUAAAAAUGUUUUAAUUGAAAGAGAGAAAAAGGUACAAGAAAGAAUCAAUUUCUUGGAGGAGGAAAAUAAGAAGAUGAUGAUGAAAUGUGAUGAGGGAGAAAAAAUUAUCCAGCUCAAUGAGGAGAAAAGAAGAGCUGAGGAUGAGAUUGAACUCUUUAAGUCUAAGUUUAGGCAAUUGGAGACUCAAGCAGACUUUUGGAAGAACAAUGGAAUUGAAUUGGGGAAAGAAUUGGAAGUUUAUCGAACUAAGUGUAACAAUUUGUCUUUGGAGCUUAAGGAUAAAGAAAUGAAGUGUGUUGAGUUUGAAGAUAAAUUGAGGAAUCUAAUGUCAAUAAAAGUCGCUUUUGAAAAUGAAAUUGAAGGUUAUAAGACGGGAUUCAGUGGACUGGAAGAGCAUAUUAUGUGUCUAUGUAAAGAACUUAAUGUUAGUUGCGAAAGAGAGAAGAAGUCACAGGAAAGAAUUACUUACCUGGAAGAGGUAGUCAAAAAGAUUGGAAAUGGAAGGGAGUCGGAGGCGCAGGUCUUGAGGCUGGACGACGGUAAUUCAGCUUUGAGAAUAUCACAUUCUCAUGGUAAUAAAGAAAGAGAAUCUGAACCAAAAGGUUCGCUGAAUAAAGGAAAGAACGAUAUAAACGAAAUACUUUGCAGUGAAAUGGACAGCGCAGCCGAUGAUGCUCAUGUGCUUCCGUCCACCAUCAAAGAGAAGAUGUUUAGUAACACUGAAAAGAUUCUUACAUCCGCCUUUCUACCCAGUUGCAACCCUGCCUCACUUCAGGGGAGCAUAAAUGAACAUGGCUCAGGCCCGUGUUAUAAUGUCAAGGACGAUAAGAUGAGUACACCAUUAGCUUCGAGGGUGGGAUUAGCGACGAUAGUAGAAAAGCAACUAGGUCAUGAGAUAAAAGGGAUAUCUAGUGAAAAGCUACUUAUACCCGAGCAAGGUAGUGUAAGAACAUUGUCAAGAGGUCUAAUUGAGAUUGAUGACAGUGACCAUGGAAAGGAGAUUUCUCCAAAUCAUACUUAUAACAUCACAAACAAAGAAAUGGAUCAGUUUUCAACUGAUGUUACUUCCCAAAAAAAUUUGCUGACUCCUAAUAAGUGUUUAAAGAGGCCGCUGCCAGAUCAGAGAUGUGAGGAAUAUGAAAGCAUCUUUGGAGAGGAUGAGGCAUUAAUCCCAUUACCUGAAACUGCGAAAAAAUGUAGAAUUACGGAAGCAUUAAUCAGUAGAACCAAAAGUAAAGAUGAUGUUACAAUUCCAGUCAGUAGUACAAUGAAUUUGUGUGCCAGAGGUCAACAGAUGGAAAUUUCCGUAUCCUCUUCGAGAAGGAGAUCGGUUUCGCCGAGACAGUGUCUAGGCAAAAGUUAUUGUGCAGAAAGUACUAUAAAGCAUUUGUACAAAGAAAAUGUUGUGGAUAAAGUUGGGUCAGACGACAGUGAGGGUAAAAAUUUGGGUGGACUAUGUGUAAAAAGCUCUGAUAGUUCCGGCAGUGGAGAUAGUUCUAGUGACUCAGAAGAUUCGAAAUGCAUCGACUUGUCUUAUAAACAGGUUCUAGAAAAACUUAAACGAAGCAGAUUGAGAGAAUCAAAAUGGCAGUUUGAGGCAGACAUGCUGUCUUCAUUUGAAGAGGAUCCGGAACUUUGUAUGAAGGCUGUUUGUACUCUCUAUCGGCAGCAAAUGUCUUUCAAAAACUCAGAGACGAGAUCUUCAUGUUCCACUAACCGAGGCUUUAACAAGUAUGAUGUGCUCAGGGGAGCUGCGUUAGCUGAAUUUUUGAUGGACGGAGGCCAAGAAGGUGACUUGAACAAAUCUGUAAAGGACUUGGAGAUGUUUGAUCGGAAAGCCGUUGGAGACUGCAGGAGAUUGGCUGCAAAUUACUCAAAGCAAUUAUUCAGUAUAUAUCAGAAGAAAGAAGAUCCUUUCUUUCGUCCAACCUAGUUCAACAAAUCGUUAAGAGAUGAAACUGUGUGAUUUGUUCGCACAUAGUUUGUAGAUAUCAUGGUGCCACAGUCAUAGUUGAGUCUGUCCAUUCUAUUACAGAUUUUUGCCAUAUUGACAGCCCCAGAGUUGGCCAUUCUUCUGACGAUACUAAUAGUAAUAGUGGUAACUUCAAAAGUAACAAGUCUUCUUAGAUUGUUGUCUCCUGUAUUAAACUGACAUUUAAAUGAACCCUUGAUGCUAGUCGCACGGAUCCAAUUAGCAUCUGAAGAGCAUUCAAAUUC